AAGCGGAAGUGUAGCCGGGCAGUGCGGACCUGAGGCGGGACCAUGAACAUCUUACCGAAGAAGUCGUGGCACGUGCGGAACAAGGACAAUGUGGCUCGCGUGCGGCGGGACGAGGCACAGGCGCAGGACGAGCAGCGGCAGCGGGAGGCCCGGGCCUUGCUGGCCGAACAGGAGGCACGGACCGAGUUCCUGAGGAAGAAGGCACGGGUGUCUGCCCUGCCAGGACCCGAUGGCGGCUCAGCCCUGGCUCCCAGUGGCGAUGAAUCACGCCACGUCGACCUCUUCCGGGACCUGGAGGAGGGCAAGGGCUCCAAGGCCGGGAACAAGGAGUACGAGGAGGAGAAGCGCAGGGAAAAGGAGCGGCAGGAGAAGGCUAUCGGGCUGCUGACCUAUCUGGGGCAGAGUGCGGCCGAAGCCCAGACCAGCCGGCCGUGGUACCAGGAAGCCCCCGACCGCAGCCGGGAGGCAGAUGUGGUGACCACCCAGGAGCAGCUGAAGGGCAGACUGGACCCGCUGCGGGAGAUGGAGAGGCACCUGCGCAAGAAGAAAGGGGAGGGGAAGAAGCGCAAGAAGGAGAAAGAGAAGCCAGCAGAAGAGAAGAAGGCAAUGGGGUGCUCUGCCCCCCUCUCCCUGGAGCAGCUGCGGCGGGAGCGGCUGCAGCGGGAGCAGGCUGAGCGAGCCCGGGCUGAAGCCCUGCUGGCCGGGCGGCAAGGGGAACCCCAACGCAGGGAGGAGGAGGAGCCGGACGACAGGAAACGCCGCUACAACUCCCAGUUCAACCCGCAGCUGGCGCGCAGGCCCCGCAGCUGGGACGAGAGGGAGCAGCGCUGAGCCCUGCCCGUGCCCCCUAAAGUGGCCGAAGCAGCAGGCCCUAGGCACAGAGAUUCCUGCACCAGGGGUCACACGGCAGGUGGAACAGGGACACUGGCAUCACAGCAAGGCAGCCAGCGUGUGGGAUCCCUCUGCUGACUUAGGGGAGAGAGACACCCUGUGCUGUCCUCUCCGCCGCCCCCUCGGCCGUGAAGUUUGGCGUGGGGGUGGCACUUGGAGAGCCAGAACCCUCCUUGCUCUCAUAGGAGGGUGCUGGCUGCUCCGCUGGGGCCCCAUGCUGGUCACUCGUUUCGUAGCACCUGGUGUUAUUAGCGGCGGCGAGUAUCAGGGGUUACCUGACUGCCCCACAAGGCAGGAACCUGGCUGCCAAUAAAAGGCAGUUGUCUGUCUUCACUCAUUUACUCACGGGACGGGGGAAAGCUUGGAUAGGAGCAAGCACAGAAGGGAAAACUCAGGCCCGGACUCCUGGGUUCCAGCUGCAGAGGGGUGCUGGGAGUCAGGACAACUGGGUUCUAUCCCUGGCAUGGGGAGCAGGGGCCAAUGGGGGAAGGGGGCUAGCCCCGUGUCAGGGAGUGGAGUUGGGUGUAGGGACUCCUGGGUUUGCUUGCUGGCUCUUCGGCAGGGGGAGACGUCAGGACACCUGGGUUCCAAUUUCCACUUCUGCCUCUGAUUUCUUAUGCCCCCCGAACAGCUCUCCCCCCCCCCCCCCCAAGUGCUCAUUGUACCAUGGCUGCUGGGGAGGCCCAACCCUUUAGCCCUUGAGGUGAACAGCACCUGCCGCAAGGUGUGUCUGCCCCUCUGCUGAACCCCACCCAGCCCACCCUGGAAUCCUUCAUGGCCCACACCUGGCUGAUAGAGGAUUGUGGCUUGUCUCCCUGCACAGGGCAAAGGCACCAGGCCAGCUCCCUGUGCCGUCCACAGGGCCAUCACCUGACAGGGGAAACUGAGGCAUAGGCAGCCCUGGGAAUAGCAGCCCCGGCUCUCCAGGCCUUGGAUUGGUCCCCACAUGGCACUGGGGUCCUUGUCUCUGGUGGUGUGGCUGCAUCAGCUCCUUUUGCUGGGCCCUGCCCACCCCACAGGGGGAUUUUCCCAGCAGCCAACGGGGUUACCAGCAC